UUUCAGAGCAGAUUCAGGAUGGUCACCAGGACCCCGCCCAGACUCCUGGAACUGGCGGCCAAGAGCCUGCUGAAGGACGAGGACUUGGCGAUCGCCGCUCUGGAGUAUCUGCCCACAGAGCUCUUCCCGCUGCUGUUCAUGGAGGCCCUGGCUGGGAGGUGCGACAAGACCCUGAAGGCGAUGGUGCGGGCCUGGCCCUUUGCCCGCCUCCCUCUGGGGGGCCUGACACAGAUGCCUCACCAGAAGGCCUUACAAGCCGUGCUCGAUGGGCUUGACUGCCUGCUUGCCCGGAAGGUUCGGCCCAGGAGGUGGAAACUGCGGGUGCUGGAUUUACGGAAUGCCAGUCGGAACUUCUGGAGCAUGUGGUCUGGAGCCAGGGUCCACGAGUGCCCGCUGACGGGACCCGUGGCAGAGGACAGCUUAAGGAUGAAGGGGCCCUCGGGUCCCUUGACGGUGUUCGUAGACCUCUGCCUCAGGGAAAGGGCCCUGGAUGAACGCCUGGCCAACCUCAUUAGGUGGGCCAGACGGAGGAGAUCGCUACACCUGUGCUGUAAGAAGGUGACGAUUUUCGGGAUGCCCGUCCAAAAUAUUAAGGAGGUCCUGAAUCUGGUGCAGCUGGGCUGUGUCCUGGAUGCACUGGAGGUGCAUCUCACCUGGCAGCUGUCGACCCUGGGGAAGUUUGCUCCUUACCUGGGCCGGAUGAGUAACGUGCAGAGACUCGUCCUCUCCCAUAUCCACAAGCCCUCCUCCUCCUCCGAGGAAAAGCACAUUGGCCGAUUCACCUCCCAGCUCCUCCGGCUGCGCCACCUGCGGAAGCUCCGUAUGGAAUCUCCCGCCUUCCUCGAGGGCUGCCUGGGCCAGAUGCUCAGGUGCCUGAAGAGCCCCUUGGAGGCCCUCUCCAUAACCAACUGCCAGCUUACAGAAUCAGACUUGGCAUGCCUGUCCCAGUGCCCAAGCAUCAGUCAGCUGAAGGAGCUGGACCUGAGUGGCCUCAGCCUGGCCCGUUUUAGUCCCAAGCCCCUCCAAGUUCUGCUCGAGACAGUGGCAGCCACCGUCCAGGACCUGGUACUAGAAUAUUGUGGACUCUCGGACACCCACCUGGAGGCCAUCCUGCCGGCCCUCAGCCGCUGCCACCAGCUCCAGACAUUCAGUGUCCGCGGGAACCACCUCUCCGUGGCCCUGAUGGAGAGGUUGCUGCGUCACACCGCCGGGCUGAGCCGCCUGAGCCUCGAGCUGUAUCCUGCCCCUCUGGAGAGUUACAGCAGUCGGGGGAUCAUCCACCCAGGGAGGUUUGCCCAGGCUCAGGCUGAGCUGCUGGGCAUUCUGAAGGACUUAGGACUGCCCCGGACCAUCUGGCUUAGAACUAACCCCUGUCCUCACUGUGGCAGCAAGAUAGUCUAUGAUUCGGACCCCUUUGUGUCCUGCUAAUUGCCUGACUAGUUGAGUGCAUCCACCAGAAAUUUCCUUCUGGGCACUAGGAGACAGAAAUCUAGGCUAUAGGUAUA